UGGGGUUUAUCAAAUCCCCAGCAGACUGCCCAGAGGGCAGCAGCUGGCGCAAGGAACCUGGCUGGAGAGACUCUACUCAGAAGAUCUAAGGGUCCUCGAACUCGAAACGCAGCACUGGCAAAAAGGAAGAGAAACACACCCUCCCUACGAGGCCGUAAAUUCUGCCAUCCACCCACCUCCGAGGCAGGAUUCUUAAAGGGCCCGCGGGCCUCGGGGCGGAGCCAACAGAGGCUCGAGCUGGGGCAGUGCUUGGGCGAAGGGCCGGAUCGGGCUUGGUUGGUACCAGGAUGGCGGCGGCCCUGGCGUGGGUCCUGGUGGCGCCUGGUUCGAGGUGAGGGCGGGCGUCGCAAGCCUGGUGACUCUCUUCCUGUGAGAUGGGCUCUGAAUCUCUAGGGGCGCCCUCAUAAGUGACCCAGGAACCCCACCCCCACCCGGCUGAACUCUGGCCCCACGUGCGGGGCGGGGGCGGGGUCCCGCACAAAGACCGGAGUGGAAUACUCUUUACCCGGGACCCCUUGUGCUGGGAGUUCCUGAGCUGCUACCAGGCAGGUAACACUUCCUGUAGCCCCCAGCAUGCGGGCAGGACUAGGUCCCAUCAUCACACUGGCCCUAGUGCUGGAGGUAGCAUGGGCCGGGGAGCUUAAGCCCACAGCGCCGCCCAUCUUCACUGGCCGACCCUUUGUGGUAGCAUGGAACGUGCCCACACAAGAAUGUGCCCCACGCCACAAAGUGCCACUGGACCUUAGGGCCUUCGAUGUGAAGGCUACACCGAAUGAGGGUUUUUUCAACCAGAAUAUCACCACCUUCUACUACGACCGUCUAGGCCUGUAUCCACGUUUUGAUGCAGCCGGGACAUCUGUGCAUGGCGGUGUGCCUCAGAACGGCAGCCUCUGUGCACACCUGCCCAUGCUGAAGGAAUCUGUGGAACGCUACAUCCAGACCCAGGAGCCUGGGGGGCUGGCAGUCAUUGACUGGGAGGAAUGGCGGCCUGUAUGGGUUCGAAACUGGCAGGAGAAAGAUGUUUACCGACAGUCUUCACGCCAGCUGGUGGCCAGUCGGCACCCUGACUGGCCAUCAGACAGAGUAAUGAAGCAGGCCCAGUACGAGUUUGAGUUCGCCGCUCGGCAGUUCAUGUUGAACACUCUCCGUUACGUCAAGGCAGUCAGACCCCAGCACCUGUGGGGCUUCUACCUCUUUCCUGACUGCUACAAUCACGAUUAUGUACAGAACUGGGAGAGCUACACGGGCCGCUGUCCCGAUGUGGAGGUGGCACGGAACGACCAGCUGGCCUGGCUCUGGGCUGAGAGCACGGCUCUCUUUCCCUCUGUGUACCUGGACGAGACACUGGCGUCCUCCGUACACAGCCGCAACUUUGUCAGUUUCCGUGUUCGGGAGGCCCUUCGAGUGGCUCACACCCACCAUGCCAACCACGCCCUCCCCGUGUACGUCUUCACGCGUCCCACAUACACCCGAGGACUCACGGGACUGAGCCAGGUGGACCUUAUCUCUACCAUCGGUGAGAGUGCCGCCCUGGGCUCAGCUGGCGUCAUCUUCUGGGGCGACUCGGAAGACGCUUCAAGUAUGGAGACCUGCCAAUACCUCAAGAAUUACCUAACUCAGCUGCUGGUUCCCUACAUAGUCAACGUGUCCUGGGCCACCCAGUAUUGCAGUUGGACCCAGUGCCAUGGCCAUGGGCGAUGUGUGCGCCGCAACCCCAGCGCCAAUACCUUCCUGCACCUCAAUGCCAGCAGCUUCCGCCUAGUGCCUGGCCAUACCCCCAGUGAACCCCAGCUUCGACCCGAGGGGCAGCUCAGCGAAGCCGACCUCAACUACCUGCAGAAGCACUUUCGCUGCCAGUGCUAUCUGGGCUGGGGUGGCGAGCAGUGCCAACGGAACUAUAAGGGGGCAGCUGGAAAUGCCAGCAGAGCCUGGGCUGGAUCCCACCUCACCAGCCUGCUGGGUUUGGUAGCUGUGGCUCUCACCUGGACCUUAUGAGGGAUCUCUCCCCCUGGAUAUCAGUCCAGCUGGCCUCUGGUGCAAGGAUCUCCUUGGCAUGAGGGGCCUGUUAGGGGGGAGACAAAAGUCUGGAGUAGGCAGUGCUCCCAGGAUGCUUAGCAGAGCACCCAUACCAUCUGUCACCCCCCUGUUCUAAGGGGGAGAGAAACAUCCCCUGAGAUGCCCUCAUCUUGCCAGAGAAGAUGGAGAAUCGAGCUAGGCCAGAGAAGGCCUGACUCUACUCCCUGCUCCUGGAUAGUUUAUAAUUUUGGGGUCUCUUUUGUAAAUUAAAUAUAAAACAACUCCUG